AAAAAGGGCUUGUGGGGUAGCAAUGUGAGAAACUGAAUCUCUGUUGUGCAGCACUUCCCCUUCCACAACUGACAGUGGCUAUCUCUGGAACUCCUAUCAUGGUCUUUAAUUGGUAGGCCAGCCUUGGUGCCACUUGCUUCUGUGGAAGAGACACUUAAAAGAUCUGGCAAUCAGCCUGUCAAGCUCAAUUCCUCCCAUCUUGGGCCAGGAGCCCCUCCUUUCCUUUGUGCUACCAAAAUAGAAGCAAACCUGUGUUUGGAGUUUCCUUUUCUGUCUCAUUUACCUGCAUCUCUCAUUGAUUGGUCUUAGUGGCAGGAUUUGCCAGCAGCUGCCACGUUGAACUUGAUCCUUUUAGUGGCUCACUAAUCCCACUUCUACUCUGGAUUGUAGCUAACCCUGCAUGUUUGUGGCACUACAGGUUUCAGAGCUCUUUCAUAUCCAUUUGUUCACUUGAUAAUUUUUCUCUUGUGUGUUUCACCCCCAAGUAAUCAAGUAGGUCCCUUCACGUUGUCCGUUUUUUUUUUUUUUUAGACGGAGAUUUUGCUCUUGUUGUCCCAGCUGGAGUGCAGUGGUAUAAUCUUGACUUACCACAACUUCCACCUCCUGGGUUCAAGUGAUUCUCCUGCCUCAGCCUCCCGAGUAGCUGGGAUUACAGGCAUGUGCCGCCACACCUGGCUAAUUUUGUAUUUUUAGUAGAGAUGGGGUUUUUCCAUGUUGGUGAGGCUGGUCUUGAACUCCUGAGCCUAGGUGAUCCAUCCGCCUCAGCCUCCCAAAAUCCUGGGAUUACAGGUGUGAGCCAUUGCGCCCAGCCCACAUUGCCUUUUCUAAGGCAGUCCAGUACCUCUUAGGUGGCUUUGUGUCAGAAGGAACUUUUUUCUCUUGAUUACUUUCUGCUCAGAGCUGAACAUCACUUUAAUGUUUGGGUGCAAGUGCCAUGUGGCCUCUUUUUACUUCAUUGAGGAAUUGAUAGCUAAUUUUCUCUCACUGCUAGAUUAAGGGCUCCUGUUUCAGAAGCAUCUUACCAAAAGUGUGUGUCUCUUGCUUGAGCCAUGCCUCUUGCCCUAGAGUGACACUGAGAACCAUUGCUAUUGAUGGCUGAGUGCUGUAUUGCCUUGUAUUUCCUUCUCAGUUACAUGGACACAGAACAGUAUGAAGAAGCAGUACGAGACUAUGAAAAAGUAUAUCAGACGGAGAAAACAAAAGAACACAAACAGCUCCUAAAAAAUGCACAGCUGGAACUGAAGAAGAGUAAGAGGAAAGAUUACUACAAGAUUCUGGGAGUGGACAAGAAUGCCUCUGAGGACGAGAUCAAGAAAGCUUAUCGGAAACGGGCCUUAAUGCACCAUCCAGAUCGGCAUAGUGGAGCCAGUGCUGAGGUUCAGAAGGAGGAGGAGAAGAAGUUCAAGGAAGUUGGAGAAGCCUUUACCAUCCUCUCUGAUCCCAAGAAAAAAACUCGCUAUGACAGUGGACAGGACCUGGAUGAGGAGGGCAUGAAUAUGGGUGAUUUUGAUGCAAACAAUAUCUUCAAGGCAUUCUUCGGCGGUCCUGGGGGCUUUAGCUUUGAAGCAUCUGGUCCAGGGAAUUUCUUUUUUCAGUUUGGCUAAUGAAGGGCAACCACCUAGAACCCAGAAAAUGCAGAUUUGCUCAAUUUAAUCUUGAAUGUGGAAACAGUUCACCUCCUCCCUUCAUCGCGUCUCCGUUUACUUAGAGCAGUUUCGUUUUCUCAGUUGGAUGCCCUGUGUCUGUGAGUGGGUGAAGCAAAGGGAACCAAUGCUGAAGACUGCGGGCAGGGGAGGGAGGCGGGGGGUGGACAGGGAGGCAGCUUGUGAAUUUUUGUUUUCUGUUUAACUUUAUUAAAAAAGGAAAAAAAAGAAGAGAAUAAAAUGUUUUGGCCCUUUC